GAAUAAUUUUACUCCAUGCACGCAGCUCGUCUUGUUCGUACCAGAUAAUAAAUACCACCAUUUAAGUGUGCGGCGAUCAAUAACAACAAAAGGAAGGAAUGGUUAUUAUAUUACUAUAUUAGUAUAGGCGUUGUGAAGAACUUAAACAAUGACUGAUACCGAUGACAGAUGCGGUAGUCCUCUCCAGUUUAUCGACGGUAAACGAAACGUCUGGGAUUUCACACGUAGCAGUAGCACUACCAGUGGCGUCGGUAGCGAGGUAUGCACCCCGACAGCUUCUCGUAGCUCAUCACCCGUGUUUACACGACUCAUCGACAAGAUUAAUCAUCGUAUUGCAACAGGGGAUAGAUGGUUUUCAAUUGAGUUUUUUCCACCACGGACCGCAAAUGGUGCGGUAAAUUUAUUGUCAAGAUUUGACAAGUUCUUGGAAGGAGGUCCUCUGUUUUGUGAUGUCACUUGGCACCCGGCUGGCAAUCCAGAGGGAGACUCGGCAACCAGCUCUUUGACUAUUGCCAGCUCGGCAUUGAACUACUGUGGACUGGACACCAUGCUCCAUCUGACCUGUGCAAGGCAAACUAAGGAGAAGAUAGCAUGCACACUGCGAAGGGCAAAAGACCUUGGAAUAAAGAGUAUUCUUGCACUUAGAGGAGAUGCCCCAGAUGGAGAUGAAUGGACUUUCAAUGCUGAUGGAUUUAACUAUGCAACAGACUUGGUUCGAUUCAUUAGGCAGGAGUUUGGCAACUACUUUGUCAUCUGUGUUGCAGGUUACCCUCACGGUCACCCAGAAGCUGAAAGUUUUGAGGAUGACAUAAUGCACUUAAAGGAGAAAGUCGAUGCUGGUGCAGACUUCAUCAUCACCCAGCUGUUUUUCCAGUCCAGCACGUUCCUUAAAUUUUUAAGCACUUGUCGUGAAGUUGGGAUCACGGUACCCAUUAUACCUGGAAUUUUACCUAUCCAGGGCUACCAUUCUAUGAAGAACCUUGUAAAACUCUCAGGACUUGAAGUUCCAAAGGAGAUUAUCGAUGUUGUAGAACCCAUCAAGGAUAAUGAUGAAGCUAUCAGGAACUACGGCAUCCACCUGUCAACACAAAUAUGUCGUGAUCUCUUCGAUAGUGGUCUUGUCCAGGGCCUGCAUUUCUACACUUUAAACAGGGAGAUUGCUACUAAACAGAUUGCUAAGAAUUUAGGAUUGUGGUGCAAUGGGCCUCAAAGACCAUUACCAUGGAAACCAACAGCCAAUCACACACGAGUAAGAGAAGAUGUUCGACCAAUAUUCUGGGCAACUCGCCCAAAAAGUUAUGUUUACAGAACGCAGGAUUGGGAUGAAUUUCCAAAUGGUCGCUGGGGUAAUUCAUCUUCUCCGGCAUUUGGAGAGAUGAAAGACUAUUAUUUGUUCUACUUGAGGAGCAAAGCCACCAAGGACCAAAUGAUCAAGAUGUGGGGAGAGGAACUCACUUGCGAGCAGGAUGUCUUUGAUGUCUUCUCCUGUUACCUGUCAGGUGAACCAAAUCACUAUGGAAACAAGGUGACCCGUAUUCCAUGGAAUGAUGAUGAGAUUGCACCCGAAACUCAUCAACUUUGUAAGAAUCUUGUUGAGUUGAAUAAGCAAGGUGUACUGACAAUCAAUUCGCAACCAAAUGUGAAUGGGAAGGAUUCAGCAGAUCCAGUAGUUGGUUGGGGACCACCAGGUGGCUACGUCUACCAAAAGGCUUAUCUUGAGUUCUUCACGUCCAGAGAGAAUGUGAUGGCACUGCUAGAGGUUCUGCAGGACUAUCCACAGAUCAACUUUCACAUUAUUAAUCACACAGGAAGUGAGAACAUCAGGAAUUCUGACGAGUUCAAACCAAUCGCAGUAACGUGGGGUGUAUUCCCUGGGGCGGAGAUUAUCCAACCCACCGUAGUCGACUCAAUUAGUUUCCAGUAUUGGAAGGAUGAAGCUUUUGGCUUGUGGAAAGAACAAUGGGCUAAGAUUUAUCCUGAUAUGUCGCCCUCACGUCAGAUAAUAAACCAUAUUCACGACACGUAUUACCUUGUAAACCUAGUCGAUAAUCAUUACCCAAAAGGCAACAUUAUUUUUGACGUGCUUCAGAAGAUGUUCAAAUUGAAGGAAAACCACAAAAGGGGUCUUGUGUCCCUUGAUGCAUUGGAGGGUGCUAAGAAAAUAAAGGUGGGUGGAGAAACACAAAGAAAUCAACUUGAUGAAGAAGCAGGAGGAGAGGGUUUCAAAUGCUGAUCUGAAAAGUCAUAAGCACUUCAUAGAAUUGCGUACUUGUAGAGCUGCUUUACUAAGGUUCCGGUCAGGUGAUUUUGGUCUCCAAGCCUCAGCUUAAAAAGUUAAAAACUUAAAAGCUGGAUUAAUGCCUAAAAAUAAUGAUAGUAUUGUAUUUAUUUAUUUUCAGAUUGCUAUUGAUAGAGUAGCAUCAGAAAGCUGUUUACUUCAUUCACUUGAUCCUAGCAGUAGUUUUUUUUAAGGUUCACAGGUUGUUUAUCAGUAUUAAUGUGCCAACAACUCUUUCUAUGUAGGACAAAAAUAGAAAAUAUCUGCUGUAUACUAAAGAAAAGUUGCCGCUUUUUAAAUGACUAACAAGUAAUUAUACCGGCCUAGAUUAAAAUAUAUGAAUAUCUACAGAGGUUUGCAUGGCAAA